UAUGGUUCUGUCCCUCCGAAAACCCAAAUGUCCCUUAUUCUCUUCGGCUGUCGCUUUUUCACCGUUCCAGUUUCCGUUGGUUUUGAGCGAACCAGCUUUAUUCAGGAGCAUGUCGAGACCCAAAACAAGAUUCUCUUCCAAACCCCUCGAAUCCAAAACUGAAAUUCGCGCUUCAGAGCCAAUCCCAGGUUCUGAAUCUUCUAAUGGCACUUCUUCUGUACCAGAACUUCGAGUUUUUAUGAGGAAAAAGAGAGUGAAAAGGACUAUAGAUGUUCAAGAAGAGGAGCAUGAAGCCAAACCUCAAAACGGCAAACUGUGUGGCCUACCAGACAUUGAAGAAUUUGCGUACAAAAGAGCGAAUGGAUCUUUUCGGUUGAGGAAGUCAACUCCUGCCUCAGACGUGCUUCCAGUGGAAACUGAAGUUCCUUCUUCAAUCAGACCUAUAGGUGAACCACCGCCCAACUGGGAAAAAGUCCUUGAAGGGAUUCGCAAAAUUAGGUCUGCUGAGGAUGCACCAGUAGACACAAUGGGCUGUGAGAAAGCUGGCAAUUCUCUUCCUCCUAAGGAGAGAAGAUUUGCUGUCUUAGUAUCUUCGCUUUUGUCAAGUCAAACCAAGGAUAAUGUUACUCAUGGAGCAAUUCAGCGUCUGCUUCAAAAUGGUCUGCUCACCGCUGAUGCCAUUGACAAAGCUGAUGAAGCAACUAUCAAAACCUUGAUUUAUCCUGUUGGAUUUUAUACAAGAAAAGCUACUAACUUGAAGAAAAUUGCAAAAAUUUGUCUCAUGAAGUAUGAUGGAGACAUUCCUAGCUCACUGGAGGAACUACUCUUACUUCCAGGGAUUGGCCCUAAGAUGGCUCAUUUGGUUAUGAAUGUUGGAUGGAAUAAUGUUCAAGGGAUAUGUGUAGAUACUCACGUGCACCGUAUUUGUAAUCGGCUUGGAUGGGUGUCAAGGCCAGGCACAAAACAGAAAACUUCAUCACCUGAGGAAACAAGAAAGGUGUUGCAACUAUGGCUUCCAAAGGAAGAGUGGGAUCCAAUUAACCCUCUUUUGUGUGAGCGAGUUCUGCCCAUCUGCCUUCAACCAGACCUCAAGCCCAUCAUCCAAGUCAAAAAAGUCUGGUAUGAGAAAGAAGCUUUGAUCAGUUUGAUUCUCAUUAGGUAUUUUGGUUUUUCAUCUCCCCCCUGUUUUGUGGGCAUUGCAAUCCUGAAGGGUUGGUUAACAGAUCUUUUCUUUUUCUUUUUUGAGCAUCUGUUUUGUGUUUUUCCUCCUUGUAUCGUAGAUAGACAGACCCUUGAUGUAAUUUAGGAGGAGGAAGAUGAUUAACCUUUGUAUAUUGUGAAAGGGAAUGGGGGAAAUGCAGAUUUGGGACAUUUUCAGCUGACAAAAAACUUCUUAUGACCGAGUGUUUUUCUUCAAACCAACAUUGUAACAUAUUCAGCACAUACAAAUCCAGUAUCUCUUCAUAUUUGUGAACUCCAAAUUCCAGUAUGUGAUGAGAAGAUCAGAUUUAAGUUUUAA